GUAGAGCUGUGCAUGAUGUGUUUUUGUUUGGUGCUGCCUUCAAUCCCUGCAGCGUUAUAAAACAACCUGCCUUUCGGGGUGAAGGGUGUAGGCCCAGUCCGUGGCCAAAGGAAACUUUCUGGCACAAUUACAUUAAGGCAUGUCCAUGUAUUGAUAGACAAGUGAACUGGAGAGGGAACGCUUCCAGUCUUGAAGGAAGAGCAGUGAAACUCACAGCUUGUUCACCAUGUCUACAGCUUUCAUCUCUGUUAUUAGUUGUCUCAGCUGUUCUGUUGGGGAUGCAUAGAUUUCUCACUGUGGUUUAUUCUUUUCAGCAAGGAAAAACACGCCAUGCCUUCCCCAUCCUUAGAUUUGAGGCCAGACCAGCUCCUUUCCUGGCACUGUGCUGUUGUCGGCUGGGAAGGAUGGUCCCCUUUACAUGGGCAUUACCAGGCUGUGGCACUCAGGGCAUGGAGGCUGGAUCUCCUCCUUCAGAGCUGCCCUUGGGAUGCGCCAAAUGAAAGGAGGGAGAGGGGCUCUGCACCUGUCCCCCUUGCAUCCUUGCAAGGACAACUGGCAUGGGAUGGAAGUGUAUCCAGGCAUGGCUGAGCUCUGAGAUGUGCUGUCUUUAGGCAGAAUGGCUCCUCAGCUCACCCUGGAGAGCUGCAGGUCCUCACCUGCCUCGGGCGCUGCUGGUUGGGGUCCCUGGUGAUGGAGGUGCCUUGUUCCUUUGUGUGUUGUGGGGUAAAGAUUCUACAGCUUCUCAUGUGAAGGGAAAGGAGGAGUUAAAAAUGUCCUUUUUCCUUCUCUGGGGCAGGGUAGCCGUAACAACCAGCAGUGGAGGGUUAAAGGGACCUCUAAAUAAGCUGAAUUUGAGUGAUUUUUUUUUUUCUUAUAAAUAAUAUCAGUAAGAGAGAAAUUAACAUAACUUAAGAAAUUUCAGUGAUUAAAGAUCUCUGUAAGAGGAAAAGCAGAAUUACCUACAUUGCAUAAUCCAAAUCAAGAAGUCUUACUAUUGAAAUUGCUCAUGCAGCCUUAAUUUUAUCUCCAGACAACUGCUUACUUUAAGUAACACUAAGUGACCUUACAGUUAAAGAUUUUCUAAGAAUAUUACAUUAUACCUUUUCCCCUGUAGAUACAGAUCCUGUAAGCACUGUCCUCUUGUAUAUGACAAAUCCCAUUUGUGACAGUUGCAAGAAAAUGUGAUGCAAUGAAUGCUCAUGCAAAAUUAAACAGAUUAAUCUUAAUUGCCAUUUACUGUACAUCUCUUUAUGUUGCUCUAUGAUGUAUUUGGCUAUAAUUUACUCUCAUUUUAAGGUAAGAGGCCCAUUAUACUCGUGUAAAUAAAACUCUGAAAUCAGCUGGCAUGCUUACCUGCUUGCAUAGUUGAUUUAAACUGCCUUGAUAGGCCUGUAUUAUGAUGUAUUUAACCAACAUGAAUAUGAACUUGUUCCAUCUGUAGUCCCACAGAAAUUAAUUAGACUGUCUACGGAGUACUAGUUGAGGAAAAUAAUGAUAAAAAAGUUGUCUUCUGUUCUGUUUAACCAGGGUCAUGUGUGCUGAAAAUAGGAGAGGGAUUAGGUAACGCUACAGAAUUUACACUGCUGGUGGAUGAUUUGCAGCACCAUUCCUGUGUGUCCUCUUCCUUCUUUGUGGCGGAUUCCAGCUUUGAAAUUUUGCAGAGCCCUGAUGGUGGAGGAAUAAUAUAAACAUGAAAACUCAUGGUGGCUCUGUUACUGCCUUAAAACAUUGUCCCCAAGCCGCUUCAUACUGCCCUUUUUUUAUUAUUAUUAAUAAUUUCUAAUUUUUUCCUUACUUGUAGUUAUUAGGAAUAAGUGAGCUGUCUCCAGCCUUGUAUUAGAGUAAGUUUGGGUUUGAGAGAAACAUUUCAGAAGUGUUUUUGUCACUUGAAUGCUUUAGUCCCAUUCAUUCAUUUAAAUUAUGUUUCCUUUUUCCUAAUAGAACAUAGAUCUCUCUGGGAAGAGAGAUCCAAAGAUAAUACAGUACCUAAAAUUGCAGGCAUCAACUGGGAUUUUCCAUAGCUUGAGUGUAGAAGGUAUUUAUCUUCAGCUAAUUUUAGCAGAUUGAAAAUCCAGGAAGUUAUCCCAGAUAAAUGCUAUCUGCUUCUUCAGGUUCCUAAAUGCCUUUGAGGUUCCCAUUUUCAAAAGUAAAAGGGAACAAAAAUCUUUGGUGGCAUUUAAUUUACUUUUCCCUAAUUUUCCACAAGUGUUGUUUUAAAAUGCAGAUAUGUCUUAUUAUUUGUUUAAACAAAUGAACAAAGCCAAGAGCAUAAAUAUGGUUGGAACCAACGCAGCCCUAGCUGCAAAGGCUAAGAUAAUGCUUCCCUUGAUCCCACUGUGGCACUGAACAGGAUUUGUUAUGAUAAGAAGCUAAUAAGACAUUAACAAAAGGAGCUGUGCCUUAAUUCAUAAUGUGACUGCUCCGUAUUAUUCUAGGGAUGUUCAUCUGGGCCAUAGAUGUGAUUUAUAAACUUUAAUUAAAUAAAUCUCUCAGAACCUCUUGUUGGAAAUGUAGAGCUAGUUCUAAUAACUUGAAUUAACUGAGAAAUAAUUGAAUAAAGGUUAAUAUGAGAUAAGUUCUCCAUUUUGCAGAAGAAGAUGUAGCUUUAAAUGUUGCAUUGGUUGUAGUUAGUAAUGGAAAUGUGAAGAAUAGCUCAAGGUCAUUCAAGAAGACCAUGGGAGAGAGCAGAGCCCUUGGGAGCUGACUGUACAACAAGGUGUGCUCCAGCUCAUUCCCACUCUUUCUCUUUUGUUGACUUACUGAAGAAAAGCUUUUCCUCAGGAAAGUAUCUGAAGAAGACUCCUCCUCCUUCAGCAGUAGCAUGCCCAUAGUCUUCCUGGCCAAUGAUUCUUCUACAGCAAGCAGGACUUCUUCCUCAUCCUGAGAAGCCUUCAUCCCUUCCUAUGUCAGUGGCUACAAGGCCAAGAGCCACCUCACCACUGUCCCCACCAAAGUCUCUCGGACUGGGGCCUUCCUUUCAUCACACGCAAGAAGAGGAGCUUGCCAAGGUGGUGGAGCAGGACCCUAUGCUGGAGGAACUAUGUAAGCCCCUGUGCUGUAAGCUUUGCAAUGUCACUCUGAAUUCAGCCCAGCAAGCCCAGGCUCAUUACCAGGGUAAAAACCACAGUAAGAAACUCCGGAAUUACUAUGCUGCCAACAGCUGUCCGGCACCUGCCAGGAUGAGUAAUUCUGUUGAGCCUGCCCCACCUCAGGUUGUCUCCCUUCCAACUCAGAUGGGAUCCGGUAAACCAGGUGGCCGAGUGAUUUUGGCUACAGAGAAUGAUUACUGCAAGCUUUGUGAUGCCUCAUUUAGUUCUCCGGCUGUGGCACAGGCUCACUACCAAGGCAAAAAUCACGCCAAGCGGCUGCGUCUUGCAGAGGCACAGAAUAACUCAUUCUCGGAUGCCUCUGAACUAGGCAAACGAAGGGCAAGGAAGGAGGGGAAUGAAUAUAAAAUGAUGCAGAACAGAAGAAAUACAUAUACGGUUCAGAACAAUACAGGUCCCUACUUCAACCCCCGCUCGCGCCAGAGGAUCCCCCGUGACCUGGCCAUGUGCGUGACGCCCAGCGGCCAGUUCUACUGCUCCAUGUGCAACGCGGGCGCCAGCGAGGAGAUGGAGUUCAGGCAGCACCUGGAGAGCAAACAGCACAAGAGCAAAGUGUCUGAGCAGCGCUACAGGAACGAGAUGGAGAACCUGGGCUACGUCCAGUGACGCGCCACCCUCGGUAGUAAUUUGCAACUAGAGCAGCUUGUCUCUCGCCUGCUGUUUGCCACAUGCCCUGCUUUGUGCUCCAUUGGGUAGGAGUAUGCUCUCGAGCUGUACAUGUAACACCUGCAAACUUACUGGUAUGGUUAGAUUUUUUUUCUGUCAUAGUUGGCAGGAUGACGCUGUGCAGGACAUGAAGUGUUUUUGGUGUUUGUUUGCUAAUUAUCUAAGGCUCUUCAUUGUGUUGAGUGGCGGGGAGGAACUGUGUCUUCUCCCCAGCCUUCUGCAUGAAUAUGCAAAGCCCAAGAAGUGCUGGGAACUUCUGUGGUUCUACCACAUGGGUGGACCAUGUGCAAAGCCCACUCCCCUCUUGGCAUACCACAGAGCAGUGCUCCAGAAUGCCUCCCUACAGCAGACUGAAUCUCUGGGCAGCUUGUAAAAGGGGCAGGAGUAGGGCCUGUGAAUGUGUGAAUUAGGUGGUGUACUUGUCCACACUUUGCUGCUUCUGGCCCCCAUUACAGUCCAGAGUAGAUUUUUUCCACAUCCUUGUAGAAAGGCUGUGCAUACCUCUUCUCCUUGGAGGGUCUUGCCUCCUACUGCUUCCUCUGCAGUGCAGAUUCCAUUCUGAACAUCUGAUGUGGAUUUCAGCUGAUUAGCCCCAUUCAGAAAUAAUCUUCUACUCUUGAUAUUGUUGCCUGGACACCUUAAUAUAACAUGAGUGUAGCUCAUCUCCCUGAAGAGAGACUCUGGGGAUCUCAGUGGUUUAAUGAAGUGAACUGGAAAGCAAACCUGCUCAGGUAAGAUGUGCUGUGCUCUGAUUCUGCCUUAGACUGAGUCAGGUUGAGAAUAGAUGGAAGGAACUGUCAGCUGUAAUUUCUUUGCAUGUUGAUGUAGAAGAGAGCAAGAGUUGUUCUCUGGCUUGCAGUCCUUGCUCUGGAAGAACAGGGCUGCCUGGACUCUGGGUAGCAGAUAUGGAUGUGUCCCACUUCCAUGCCAUUCCCUGGGCAAAGCCUAAUGGGUGUUUAUAGAGCAAUGAUGAAACUUCUAGCUUUGAACUAGUGUUACCAAUAUUGGUUGACUUCUUCCCCCUCUUUCUUUUUCCAUCUCAGGAUGGGUUUUAAUUCCAUUCCUUGAUGUGAACUUGAUUGUUCUAGGGACCAUCAAAAAUCCAAAGUUAUGUAGGAUUUAAAUGUCAGGGUGAUGAUUGUUUAAGUAACAGCUUUUUGGUCUCAUGGAAGUAUUCAAGAAAAUUGUUCCGCAACUUUUUAAUUGUAGACAAACUCAAAAGGUGUGUGUGUUUGUUUUGAUAUUCCUUAGCAGAAGUAGGAAGGGGGUAAAGAGCAGAAGUAGGGCUGUCAAUUAUUAUUCUGCUUGUUUGGGUAGAUGUGAGGAGCUGUGAUUGGAGUCCAGUUCACAGUGUCAUUAAAACAUGGUCUCCAGUGGCAAGUGCAGCACGUAGGUGGCUUUUGUUGGACCUGAUCCCCCACUGUGCUGCUGCACUGACUUCAGUGGCAGGUGCAGAGAGAGGGUCUGGGAAGCACUGUGGCUCACCUCUCAUCCUUCUUCAGGCACCUGGAAUUAGAUGCAGCUCCGUUAGUUUCAGUAGGAUUUUACCAGGGAUAAAUUGUACCUAGUGCGUAGUGUUGAUGGUAGCUCCCCCGCCUCCUUUUAUUGCCAUUCUGAUCCUGCCUCUUGCAUUCCAGAAGGACUUUCUGCUUGCCUUAAAAAAUGAAGAAUGAGUAACAAAAAAAUCCAGAUAGUCUUUAUUCAUCUUCCUAGUCCACCUUCAAAAGGUUUGUUGCACUUCACUGCUCCUCAGAAAUUGAAUAUUGUUUUCUUCGGCUCCCUGAGUGUGCAUCAGGGAGCCAUAUAACCUGAAUGCAGCCUUCCAAAAUCCAGGCAAGGUGAGUGCUUGCAAAGUAGUUGAAAGCAACCCCCUAGAUCAUUCCACACUGAUCCUUGCCCUUCAGAUAGAGGCAGAGAAUCCCUCAUGAAUGGGAUUCCUUCCCCUCCUUUGUGCAAAACUCAGUUAAAUGGGGUUUAUGCCCUGGAGCAGGUAGAACCAUGUUGUAGAGCACUCACUGAAUAGUUCUGACAGCUUUGUAAGUCUGUUUCUUCUGUGCUUUCCUGCCCCUGCCUCACUCUGCGUAGCCUUGAAGAACAUUUGCCUUUCCAAAAUCUCUCAUCAGCUUUUCCCCCUCAUUGUUUGUAUUGACAGAAGGGCUCUGGUUUUCUCUUUGUGUCCUGUCCUUUGGUUUGCCAGUCUGACACCGCUGUCCAGAGUGACAGAGGCAGUUAGAUGAGCCUUACCACAAUGUGCUUCAGCACAGUGAUCCCUGCAUAAUGGUUAAACAUCCCUCUGGCUGUAAAUUAAAGCGUGGCAUUUCCCACUGUCUGCAAUUAGCAGCAGAAAAACAACCCUUUGUGAAAUACGAGCUGGAGGAGCUGUAGGUGCUGGUGCUGUCUGGCUUAUUGCUAGGGAUGAGGAGGCAUUUUUGCUUGUUUUCACAUGUCCAAAAAAUCAGCUGCUCACCACUUACCUUUGGUUACUGCCUCUACUCCAGCCAUCUGCUCCUCAUCUGGCAUUUCCAGUGACUGCUGCAGGUGUCCAAACCCGGUUUGCUCCAGCUGUGCAGAUGUGCCACAGCACAGCCAUGUGCUGGUGCUUUUGGGAGGGACAUGCAGGGGGUUGUUCUUGCAGGCCCUCUCUGCUUGGGGCCCAGUCUGGUUUGGAGUGGUGGCUUUAGUCUGCCCUAAAUCUGCUUUGUUCUGUUCAAGGGAGUGCAAGUGGAUGUGGUCAUCCCAGUGAUUUCAGAGUGGUGGCUUGUAGAGCAGGCUGUAGAGCAGUGGGACUCAAGUGGCAGGGUAGGACACAUUUCCUCCAUGGAUUGCUGGGAGAAGCAGUUGAGACUCAUUUUGCCCCAGUGCUCUGUUGUGGCCCUUCCUGCAAGUGGCCAAAGCUUUCCUUUCCCUCCCUUGGCAUUGCUUAAUGGCUCGUGAUCUUCCCACUCCCCUUUCAGCAUAGGAAGUUGCUGGCUGCAAAGAGAAAACACCCAACCUCCCCAUUAUCCCUAGGGUUCAGGACAAUCCAAACUCAUUAUUGUCAGCAUUAGAUCCUGAUUUUAUUCCUUUUUGUGAAAGGCAUUGUCCAAAUCAUUGUUCAAAAAAUACUGAAAACAGUUCUGAGCAAACCCUUUUGACACUGGUGGUCUGGGGAGAACACUGUACAGCUGAAGUGCCAUUUUCCAGACCCAGUUAACCUUUUUCUCAUGUUAAACCAAGUACCAAACCCAAGAAACAGGACUUCUGUGAAGCUGUCACAUUGGCCAGUAGGUUAAUGACCUUUGCUGCUAGAAACAAAAUGUAAAUCAAUAUGUUCAUAUUUAUUUUACUGUGCUGACCACUAAUUGAUUUGUUAAUAUUUAAGGCAUUAUGCUGUAGGUUGUUUUUAAGUGGAAAAAUUCUACAUAGCACUUUGCUUUUGGAUCAGAACAAUUAUUUAUUGUAUUUGUGAAAAUGUUUUUCCUCCCACAUAGCUAUUGUUUUCUUUCCCUUGAUGCAAAAAACUCAACCAAACCCAAACAGCAAAACCCACCCCAAACCUCCCCAAUCAAAUCCAAUCCAUGGAUCUUUUUUUCUUUCCAUGCUAAACAAAAUGGGGAUUUCCUUGCAACUUGUUAUUAAAUGUUCAUUUCCAAUUUAUUUUUCCUCAAAUGAUUCUUUGCUAAAUUGGGAUGUUAUCUUUAGAGAGACAAAGUUCAUGCUUCAUUUAAACAUUCAUUUAUUUUAAGGCAAGGAAGUAAACCAUGUGGAAUCCAUGAAUUUGUGAGGAGUAUGAAAGUGAUACUAUUUUGUUUGUAUUAAGCAUUAGCUGUUGUUUUGCAUUCUGCACUAAUGAGUAAAUCUGUUAUAAUCUUGCUUAACAUUGGUCUAUUUUUGAGUUUUUGCUUUCUUCAUGUACAUUGAAAGGAACCCUGAAAACUUCUGUGGAGUUGCUUAAGAUGGUCAUCAGUGUAACAAAAUGCAGAUUUUUUUCUGUAAAGCUGCUUAUUUCCUUUCCUAGAUGUCCAUUAUAGGGCAUUAGAAGGGAAAGCUGUUGCCAUGAGCAUGGAUUCAUAUUUUAGCUUACUAAUGCAUGGUGUCCUUUUGCUACAUUGCUUAAGUGAUUCUCUCACUAGAACCAAUGGGAAUCUUGCCCAGGUCAGGAGUAAAUGAAAUACCCAAGGCAAAGAUAUUAUGUUGGCUGGGGCCAGGCAAGGUACAUUGCUAAGUUUGUCUUUUACUCCUCCAUUUGGAUUACAGCACCCUUAUGGUUUUGCUUUUUGAGGACCACGUAUCUGGUUCUGUAAGGAUUUGGUCUUGCUCCAGCUAAAGUAGUUUGAAGUACCUUGACUUCAGUUGAGUCAGGAGCAAGCCUUCAAAACCUUCAGGAAUUUCUUACUGCUGAUGUUUUAUAUGUGUUUUUUUGUUCUGUGAUUUAUUUUUUUUUUUUAAUUUUACAACCACAUACACAAAGAUGCUCUGGAUGAGAUAGAGGUCUGUUGCUGAUUAUGGAAAAACAAAUGCCAUGGUUGCCAAAAGACCUGGUUUCUUUGAAGUUAGUGGCUGAGCUUCUUAAUUUUGAGCUGCAUAAAGUUGGAAGGGAAAAUAAAAUCCACUUUGAAAUAAAUGUGGUCAAACAGUAGUUCUGGGAAUCUCUCCUUUAAAAAUGUAUCACAGCUAAAAAGUGUCAGCUUACCUGAAAUAUCUGCAGUAAAGACAGAAUUGAAUUUUUGAAAAUAAAAUCACUUUUUCAGUUUGUAUUUCAGUUUUUUCAAGGAAAAACUACUUGAUUUAAUUUCCUUCUGCAUCUGUCCAGUAACAUCAUUUGCAAGUGCUUUGAACGUGUUUCAUCUAGAGCCUUCUUGUCAGGUUGUUUUGUACAUUUUUCCUUAUUUCCUUUAUAUUGUACUGACCCCCAUGAGGGAAUACUUGAUGAAAAUGAUUUUUUUUUUUCUUCUUCAUUAUAUAAUAAACCAUCUUGCUCUUACCCAUUGUA